GUAGCCUUAGUCAACAGCAUCAAAAUGAUAAUAAUAAUAAUAAUCUGCAUUUUCCUUUAGGUCUCCAGUUAUGUUGUGGGCAUCGAGGCUUCUGUUAAUGUUAAUGUGGACGGCGCUGGGAGACGGGCUGGGCAUCGAUACCCAUCUGUUUCAAUGGUACGCAGACGGUUACUGUGGUGAACAAUAUAAGGUGGCAAACUUUACCUCAACUGUGCAUUGUGCCGGGAUCUGCUCUUCGGAUGCCGAAUGCCAAGCCUUUACUGUCGCUCCCAAAACCCUACCUAGGGAAAGGUGCGAAUUGGUUCGAACCCUUUCAGUAGACUCCAGUGCAGAUGGGUUUUGUUACAUUACAGUUUCGCUGUCAACAGAGCAACUCUCCCAAGUCCUGGCAUCUACCCCUACGAGCACCAUUAGCUCAACUUCUCUUGAGACGACAGACCUCCCCACCUCGCAGAAACCUGCUAAGACAAGCAACGGAGGCACCGGAGUUACUGUAAGCGGCUUCAUAAACGACACGACCCUCUUGAAACUAUAUGGUCAGGAUAUUGGCGACACCCAGUCGCAGCCUCCAGUGGUUAUGAGCGUCAUCAACGACACCAAAGACGGCAAAGUUGAGACUUGCCCGGAAACAGACCAAGUUUUCUACGCCGUGGGACCGCUGAACACCGGGAGCGCAGAGAAAGACGACCAGAGGUUGUAUUGUUCCAAAAUUGCAGAUCCUCACAUCCUGACAGCAACCUGCUCCACGGUCAGUUUGGGCGAGGGAUUACGACCGUCUUUCAGCAACGUGGACACUUCAGUCUGGACAUCUUGGCUUGCGUGUCCCAGGAGGUACAUGAUGACGGCAAUAUACUGGAGUUACACCAAUGCGACUAGUGCCACGCAAUAUGCAUACUCCAAGGCCAGGUGCUGCCUCGUUCAGUAUUAGGGCGGUCAUAGGUUAGGCUGAGUUAGGUUAGGUUAGGGUAGGAUUAAGAUAUAACCACCUUUAAAUAAUUUUUUUUAAUUACUGUAAGGUGACCAGGUUUCUGAGACAAAAUCCGAGGAUAUCUGCAGUUCAGAGGCGUAAAAACCUCCAACACAUGACGUGUUUUUGUAGUGUAAAAUUAAAACGGGGACACUGUGCCCUUACCAUUCAUAA